CGUUUUCUUUUUGCGAGGAGCCGAGGGUAUAUAUGGAGGAGGAACACUUCUGGCCUUUCAGUGUGGCGAAGGACGGCAGUGGUGGAAGUGUGGAGUGCUCACGAGAGGAAGGUACCACAAUGCUCCCUACGUGGCUGGUGAGAGCGAUGGUGAUGGCGGUGGUGGUGGCGGUGGUGAUGGGGAGGGCGUUGCCGGACCGAUCCAACAACCCACUGCUCAUCUUCAGUCAUAUUCUCCAAGGGCAGGACCCAGCUGGUGCCCCUCGCCUCUUUGAUGAUGACUUUGAUGAUGAUGAUGAUGAUGAUGAUGAGGGCUACUUCGGUGGUGAUGUCAACCCCUUCAGCUUCUUCGGCUAGAUGAAGAUGAUUGUGAUAGUGAUGGUGAUGAUGGUGAAAAUGACUUUGCUGUUGAUGAUGACUGUUUUGAUGGUGAUGUCCGUCCUUUCAUAUUCUUCUGCUAGAUAAUGAUGGUGGUGAAGAUGGUGGUGAUUGCUUCUUAUUGAUGGUGUAACGGCUGAUGGUGAAUAUGAGUAUUGAUGAUGAGGGUGAUGAUGGUGAUAGUGAAAUAAGCUUCCAAGUGAUGUAGUAGCUGAUGGUGAAUAUGAUGAGUGAUGAUAAUUGUAGUGAUAGUGAUGAUGAUGAUGAUGAUGAAAAAAAUAUAUUCCCAGUGAUGUAAUAGCUGAUGGUGAAUAUGAUGAGUGUUGGUGAUGACGGUGGUGGUGGUAGUGAUGGUGAUGGCAGGAGAGAAUAUUCUGAUGAUGACAGUGAGUGAAGGUGAAGAAGGUACUGAUGUGCUAUGUAAUGGUGAUGAUGAGGAGGAUGAUGAUGGUGACGAUAACUAUUUUGACAACAAUGAAAAUGGAAAUGAAGAUGAAGACGAAGAAGAAAGAAAGAAAGAAACUAAUAAAUAAAUAUAUAAAGAACAAGGAUCUAUAGAUUAGAAGAACGAAACAAGAAACAAACCAGGAAAAAAAAAAAAACGUUCGUAGAGAAAAUACAAAGCAAAGGAAAAAAAAAAAAAAAAAAUAUUAAAACUGUGCAAUAAAAAAAAAUAACUUAUAGAUGUAUUAAACUAUAA